GUUUUCGCUUAUUAAAAUUUUUAGUAUUGCAUCUUAGGUAUAUAAAAGGAUUAAAACUGGAACAGAGUUUAAAACCUUGCAAAAAUGGUCAACUUGAGUGCCUGUUUAUUACUUUUGUUUGUCACGGACGUCAUGUCCGUUGAUCUUAAUCCACGUAUGUUGAAUGGAAAUCCUCAACCAUUCUAUGAAAAUGUGAUUUUCAACAUCAAACAUAUAAAAGACGGUUCAGUGGUUAAAUCAUGUUUGGGAAUAAAGCUUAAUUAUGAGUGGCUCAUUACAUCAGCUUUUUGUCUUCUUAAAAAUGAUUCCAGUCAAAUUAUUGCCGAAGCUCAAAUUGAUGGAGGAAACCAUGUCGAACGUUACACCAACUGGAGAACUAGAAUUCAUCCUGAUUUUGAAAAGGAAACUGGAAGACAUGAUAUAGGGUUGCUUGCUCUCGAAGAAUCUCCUAGAUAUAUUAGUAAAAAAAUGAAAGAAAUGAGAAUACUUCCAUUUUCAACUAACUUCCAAGAUAUGAUAGGAGUUGUGUAA